AUGCAGCCCGGCUCAGACUCGUUCGAACUCGUGCCUAACUCAGACCUCGUUGUGAACUCGCUGAAGCUCAAGAAACGCUCCAGGUUGGAGGAGCAGAAACGCCUGAGGGACCGCAGGAAGGAUCUACUGGCCGAAGUCUCCCAGCUCAGCAAGGGAACCUCGCACCGUCGCUCGCGUCUCGACGAGGCGCGUUCCAACCAGUCCCAAGGUCGCGGCGACAACCAGGUCCUCAACAGUCUGACUACGCUCGCGGGCUCAGGUCGUGUCGGCGGCUUCCACGGUCGUCUCGGCGGUCUCAGCGCGAUCGACAGCAAGUACGACGUGGCGAUCACGACCGCCUGCGGUGCGCUGAACAAUAUGGUCUGCGAUACCGUUGAGCAGGCCACGCAGUGCAUGGACUACCUCCGGACGAACAAGACCGGACGUGCAAACGUCAUGGUGCUCGAGAAGAUUAAUGGCCAGCCGUCGGACGAGGCCACACCACUGACGCGCUUGUUCGACCUCGUCAAGCCCCGCGAGCCCAAGUUCGCAAAGGUCUUCUGGAAGGCGCUCGGCGACACGCUCGUGGCGGAUAAUAUCGACCAGGCGAACAGUGUGGCUGUUGGCGGCAGGAAGCGCUCCCGCGUCGUUACGCUCGAUGGACAACUGGUUGACUCGAGCGGUACGAUGUCCGGUGGUGGCAAUCCCGUCCAGCGCGGUGGUAUGAGCGAGAAGUUCGCAGCGCAGGCAGUUUCGCCAGCGGAGAUGAGCAAGCUCGAGAGGGACCAUCAGGCGACUGCAGCUCAACUCCAGGAGGCUCAGUCACGAUUGCGUGCGGCUGAGGCGAGGGUGGAGGCGCUCAGGCAUGAGGGUCUGCAGUUGGGUAGGCAGCUGCAGAUGCUCGAGGUCGACAUACGCGACACAAACAACCGGCUUGAGGACGCCAGGAAGCGCGUGAGCAAGCUCGGCGCGCGGUCGAAGCCUGACGCCGGGGACCAGAAGUGGAUCAUAGAGCUUGAGAAGGAACACGCUCAGCUACUAUCGUCGCUUGACAAGCUGCGGUCGAAGUCCGGCGCUAUCGAGGCAGAGAUCGAGGCGCUUAACGAGAAGGUCAAGGCUGCAGAAGGAUCAAAGCUGCUUAUGCAGCGUAGUAAGGUCGACUCAAUCAAAAAGUACAUCGACAUUGCUACGCAGGAGGUCACCAAGGCCGAAGUCGGACUCGAUAAGGCGAAGAAAGAUGUCAAGCGGCUGAGCUCUGCCGCGCGCGGACACGAUCAAGCCAUCAAGGACGCCAAAGUCGAGGUUGAGGAUCUCGCUGAGGCAUCAGAGGAGGUCAGAGAGAAGGUCGUGGCUUGCGAAGAGGCUCUACGAGACGCGAGCGAGUGGCCUGACGGCAUCCAGGACGAGCUACAUGGUCUUAAACGGGACUUCGGCGAGAAGACUGAGGCGUUGCUGGCCUUCCGUAAGCGAGAGGAGAAGUACAAGCAGAAGCUUGAAGAUAUCGAGGGCAAUCUCGCAGCUACGCAGGCGCUCAUCGAUGCUGAUGAGGCCAAGCACGCCAAGCUGGUCCUUGAACAUAUCGACGAUGACGAAGAUGGCGAUGAGGAGGAAGACGGCGAGAAGAAGGACGCGAGUGCCACCGAGAAUAUAGAAGGCGACAAGACUGAGAAGCGUGUCAAGCCCGAUCCUGAGGACCAGACCGGCUCUGGCUCUGGCUCCAAGAUGAAUAGGUCGAAAGACCAGUUCCAAAAGGACGAGCGUGGCUUUGUUCAUUAUCCUGAGUCCCAUCUCGCGAAGCGAAAUCAGGGUUCCCUCCAGGCCAACAUUCAGUCCCUUGAGGAGCAUUUGGACAAGACCAAGCCAAACCCGGCGGUACUGAAAGAGUACCGCAGACGCGAGCUCGAGUAUGAUGAUCGCGUGAAGCUCCUCGACGAGGCGACUGCUGCGCGCGACGCUCAGAAGGCUUUAUAUAAUAAGCUGUCCACCACGCGUCUCGAGAACUUCAUGAAAGGCUUCAACAACAUAUCGAGUAAGCUCAAGGAGAUGUACCAGAUGAUCACGCUCGGUGGAAACGCCGAACUCGAGCUCGUCGACAGCAUGGACCCGUUCUCGGAGGGCAUCAUCUUCAGGGUUAUGCCCGCGAAGAAGAGCUGGCGCAACAUCUCCAACUUGUCCGGUGGCGAGAAGACGCUGAGUUCGUUAGCGCUCGUCUUCGCCUUGCAAACGUACAAGCCGACGCCUUCGUACUUCAUGGACGAGAUCGAUGCCGCGCUCGAUUUCCGAAACGUGUCCAUUGUCGCGAACUAUAUCAAGAAUAGGACGAAGAACGCUCAGUUCAUCAUCAUUUCCUUGCGGAAUGACAUGUUCGAGCUCAGUCAACGGCUCAUUGGUAUUUACAAGACGUCCAACCAGACGAGAAGUGAAUAA